GACACUCAUAGCAGCACCAAUGACAGAGAUUACUCUAGCAACCAAGGUCAUGAAGAUAAACGGGGAAACAUUCAAGUUGAAGACACGGGUGAAAGCUGAAGAAGUGGUGAAAGAUUAUCCAGGUCAUGUUUUGCUGGAAUCAGAGGCUGUUAAGCAUUUGGGUAUUCGAGCAAAGCCUUUGCAACCACAUCAGAACUUGGAGCCCAAGAGGCUUUACUUCUUGGUAGAGUUGCCAGAAGCUCCCAAAGAGAGAGUUCCGAGAAGGGUUCGAUCAGGAAUAAACAUGAGUGCUGAAGACAGACACGAGAGCCUGAUGCUGUCAAGGAGAUCUGUAUCUGAUCUUACACUGAUGAAACCAAAAAGUGUGAUACCCAAGGAAACUGAAGAAGGGUCUGAUGAGAGUGGAGCAAUGAGGGUGAAAAUGAGGGUACCAAAGGCAGAAGUGGAGAGGUUGAUGAAAGAAAGCAAAAAUAAGGCAGAGGCAGCAGAGAAAAUCAUGAAACUUUGCAUGGAGAAUACCAGGAACAGCCCAUGUGAAGCUGCACAGAAUGGAAAGGAUGGUAUGUUUUUGCAGCAGCAGCAACAAGUGCUUUGGAAGGGUAGCCAUGGAAGCAUCGGAAGAGGUUUCAAGGCCCGUGAGGUUAGUUUUUUCACCCAACAAUAAUGAUUCUGUUUUCAUGGUUCUUUUCAUUGGUUUUUUUCUUUCAUUUUUUCCCCUAUUUUUUAGAGCUUAAACAAGACAGAUUUAUCAUAGAAUAUGCUUACAGGAGUUGACAUUUCCAAGUUUCAGUGGGUGAACUUCACAUUGGAACAACAAGCCAAGGUGAUAGUUGCCCCUUGAAGCAAUAAUGAAUUGGAUGUGUCCAAGUUGAAGAAAGAGUUCCCUGAGUUGCUAUCAAUCAAGGAAUCACUGAUUAAGAUCAAGGAAUCACUGAUUAAGAUCGUCUUUGAACCCCACAAGAGAAACUGAACCUAAUAACCAGGUUUCAGCUAUAGAACCUAAGCAAGCGUUGUCUUCUUUGUUGCAUUUAGUAGUAUGGCCAGGAAUAUCUAUUCAUUUGUUACUACUAGCUUCCAUAUCAUUAAUUUUACUCAAAUAACAUUUGCUUUUAAAUUUUUUACUUUUGUUUUUCUUUUC